AAAACCAUUUCCCGCCAUUGCUCUCAAAUUGGUGGUGCCUAGCCUUUGAUUCAUCUUCAGAUUCAGACCAACAAACAAAGGGGGCAAAAAUGGAAAUCUUUCGGUCCCAGAGGAGAUCUCCGGCCUCCGACGACCUCGUUGGGACGCUUCCUCUCUACCGCUCUGCUCUACAACUCGAAGUCCGACUCGAAGAUUUCGAACUUUUCGCCAUCGAUCGUCUCCGAGUUCUUAAAGGGAUUUCUGAUGCAUUAUCCCGAGGAAAGAAGCCCGAUGAAAUGGAGACAUUGGUAAGAGAUUUGCGGAAGACAAUUAUGAGCCAUCCACAAGCAUCUGAAGUUAUGAACAAGGACAUCAUUUCCCACUUUGUUCUUCGACUCGUGUAUUGUAGAACGGAGGAAUUGAGAAAGUGGUUUCUUUCCAUGGAAACUACCCUCUUUCGUUAUCGGUUCCGGCUUGAAAGUCCUCAAGUACAGAGGGCACUGAUGGCUGAAUUUGACCUUCCUUAUAAAGCAGUUAGCAAUGCAGAAUUUGAGAGUGUAAAAGAAAAACUGAGUCAAGUUGCACGCUCUAUUGGUCAAUAUAUAUCCAAUGCUGAUACGAUAUUCUACAAGGUGCCCUUUGAAGAAGUUCCAGAAUUAGUGGCCAGUCGCAGAGUAUUUAUCCUGAAAGGGCAUGCAUAUGUUGCUAUGAAUCAGGUGGUUUCCCUCGUUGUCACACAAUUUCGCAGCCAUCUUUCAAAAGCACUUGUGCUUACAAACAGAAAAUGGACAUCCACCAUUAGAGAACGAGAGAAGGAUCGGUUGACUCCUGUUGUGGAAGCCCUAUCGACAAGUUAUCUGGGUCCUGACUAUUCCCAGCCAAGGGAAUUUGCAGAAAUAUCUUUGAAAGACAUAGAUCAAGUAGCUAAAAGUUCAUUUCCUUUGUGUAUGCACCAUCUGUUUGAAAAGCUAAGAGAGGAUCAUCAUUUAAAGCAUGGAGGGAGGAUGCAGUUGGGUCUAUUUCUCAAGGGUGUUGGACUGAAGUUGGAUGAUGCCCUUGCCUUCUGGAAAGCAGAGUUUUCUCGCAAGGUUGGUGCUGAGAGAUUUGAUAAAGAAUAUGCAUAUAGUAUACGACAUAACUACGGAAAAGAAGGGAAGAGAACGGAUUAUACACCUUAUUCUUGUCAAAAAAUCAUCUCAUCAACUCCAGGUGUUGGAGAUCAUCAUGGAUGCCCUUUUCGCCAUUUCAGUGAGGAGAAUUUGAGAGCUGCCCUUGGUAAAAUGGGAGUUGGCAAUCGUGCAAUGGAGGAUGUGAUUGACAAAGUGCGGAAUAGACAUUAUCAGUUGGCAUGCACCUUGACAUUUGAAGCUGUUCAUGGUUCAUCUUGUGAUACUGGCAUUAAUCAUCCCAAUCAAUACUUCAUUGACAGCCAAAAGAUCCUGCAAAAGAACAAUGCUACGGUGUAAUGCGCAAAGAGUUGUUUUUUUUGGCAUCAUUGGGACUGGUGAACCUCCUGAGCAUGUUUUCAUAUCUGCACAUGACUGUUCUAAUUUAGAAAUAGAUAGCAGUAGCCAGGCGGCUUAUCCAAGGGAAGAAAUGUAAUGUUCUCUCUGCAAUGAUAUUAAGAGUGCAUUAUAUGUUGUUUCUAGCAAUAUAUUAAAUGCAAUAUGCCCCAUCUGUAGAAGGUAAUAACUAGCUUAGCAGAUCAUUGCAACUGUCACAAGUUACAUUAGACUUCUUCAUUAAAUAAAUUUCCAAUUUUAAAUUUAUAAUGUUGUGUCAGUGGAGGUUGAUGUAUUUACCGUUACAGGCAUUUUUGCUCUUUCACUGUCCUAUCACUCUAUUAUUAUCAUAAAAUGUAACGCCUAGAGAAACGCAUCUAAUAUUAUUUUUGAUCAAGUGAUUAAGCAAAGGUACAUGAAACAAACUUAAAUGUGGAAAA